AUCCCAUUCCAUCAUAUAACAGAACACAAAACACAUACACACAUUUUCUCUCUCUCUCUCUCUCUCUCUCUCUCUCUAUUGCCCACAUCAAUAGUCAAAACCACAUUCUCUUAUCCUCCUCCUGCUCUUCUUCUUCUUCAGAUAUUCAAAUUACAACUCAGAAACAUGGAUAUAACAAGCAGCACAACAGAUGAAAGCACAAGCAGUGAGCUCUCAAUGUCAAUUUCACCGCCUCCGAGACCAAACAACAAGCUCUCUUCUUCGCCGCCGCAGAGCCUCUGCCGCGUCGGCAGCGGCGCCAGCAGCGUCAUUCUCGACUCCGAGAACGGAAUCGAAGCCGAGUCCCGCAAGCUCCCGUCCUCCAAGUACAAAGGCGUGGUCCCCCAGCCCAACGGCCGCUGGGGCGCUCAGAUUUACGAGAAGCACCAGCGCGUCUGGCUGGGCACCUUCAACGAGGAGGACGAGGCCGCCCGGGCCUAUGACGUCGCGGCCCAGCGCUUUCGCGGCCGCGACGCCGUAACUAACUUCAAACCCCUAGCAGAGUCCACCGACAACGACGACGAUGAAAUCGAGGCAGCUUUCCUCAACUCGCACUCCAAGUCCGAAAUCGUCGACAUGCUGAGGAAGCACACUUACAAUGACGAGCUGGAGCAGAGCAAGCGCAACUUGGGAUUCGACGCCAACGGCAAGCGGCGGGCACGGGGCGAGAGCGGCCCAAUGGGCCCGGACCGGGCCCCUAAGGCGCGUGAACAGCUUUUCGAGAAAGCUGUCACGCCCAGCGACGUGGGGAAGCUGAACCGGCUGGUCAUCCCCAAGCAACACGCCGAGAAGCACUUUCCGCUGCAGAGCGGAAGCACGUGCAAGGGCGUGUUGCUAAACUUCGAGGACGUCGGCGGCAAAGUGUGGCGGUUCCGGUACUCCUACUGGAACAGCAGCCAGAGCUACGUGUUGACCAAAGGCUGGAGCCGCUUCGUGAAGGAGAAGAAUCUCAAGGCCGGCGACAUUGUGAGUUUCCAGAGGUCGACCGGGCCGGACAAGCAGCUUUAUAUAGAUUGGAAGACAAGGAGCACCGGACCGAACCCGGUUCAGAUGGUCCGGCUAUUCGGGGUCAACAUUUUCAAAAUACCUGGGAGCGGCUCCCCUGGUGUGGACGCUCCUAUUGGCUGCAAUGCUUUGGGGAAGAGAAUGAGGGAGAUUGAAUUGUUGGAAUUAGAAUUUAGCAAGAAACCAAGGAUAAUUGGAGCUUUGUAACAUUUUUCUUCUGUUUUUUUUUCCUUAGUAGUUUGUGAAGGGGAAGGAGUUGGAGGACGGAGAUGGGGAGACGUGUAGUUGCAAGUUGCAAAAGGUGAAGUUGUAUAUUACAUGACCAAAAAAAAGCUGAAGAAAGCAAAAGCUUUCAUUUGAAGUUUUUAUAAAAUUUUCUCCAAAGGAGGAUUUUAACUGUCAA